CAGACGCUCACCAUCACGGGACAGCACACCAGUGGACUUAUAUCUGCCUUAUAUCUACAGGUGACUACAGACCAGCAGCAGCAACAGACAUGGGACUGCACAGUGUUGAUGAACUGGUGAGCGGUAAGAGGUCAGAGUGCCAGGAGGACGUGUACGAGGACAAGCAGGAUGGCCACAGUGGAGGCGCGGCAGAGGAGGCGGGCGGCGCCGGAGAGCAGGAGGAAGUCAGCGUGGCUGCACUCAAUAUUGACAAAGCCGGCAGGCUGAAGCUGGAGACGGUGGACGACCUGUUCAACAUCCUGCAGCUGAGGAAGAGGAGGAGGGAGAGGAAGCCCAUCCACAAGAAGAAAGACCCGGAGCCCGAGAGAAUGCCGGAGACAGUGGACCAGCAGAUGUUUCUGACCGCCGCCGAGGAGAACAAGAUGCCCCUGGUGGAGAAAUACCUGAGUGACGGAGGAGACCCCAACGCUGCCGACAACUUCCAGAGAACAGCUCUGCACAAAUCCGCCUUCAGAGGACACGUAGACGUGGUGAAGAGACUCCUGGAGGCCGGGGCUGCCAUCGACAAGAAAGACAAGCUGGAAGCCACCGCGGUCCACUGGGCCUGCAGGGGGGGCAGCCUGCCCGCCCUGAAGCUGCUCCUGGACCAGGGAGCCAAGUUCACCUGCAGAGACAAGCUGCGCAGCACUCCUCUCCACGUGGCCGUGAGGACGGGACACUGCGAGUGCGCCGAGCAGCUCAUUCACCUUGGAGUAGACGUCAACGCCAAAGACAGGGACGGAGACACACCGAUGCACGACGCGGUGAGGAUUAACAGAUUCAAGAUGAUCAAGCUGCUGAUGAUGUACGGGGCCAGUCUCAAAACUAAGAACUGCGAUGGGAAGACGCCGCUGCAGACGCUGUACUCGUGGCAGAGCGGAGCCAAGAGCCUCCUGUGCAACUUCAGCGAGGACAAGCCCACUUCUCGUUAAAUGAGACUCCGUGCUUCUGGCUUUUCCACCGCAAACGGGUGUAUAUAUAUAUAUAGAUUUGUAUAUAUCUAUAUAUAUAUAUAUAUCGACAGAUUUUUCCGCAUUCACACGAUUUAUCGCUAACUGAGCCCCUCUUGAUUCAGGGAUUUGAACCGACGACCCUCCAAGCCGAUCCUCAGCCUCAGCUUGGGGGCUCGGUUCUGAUGCGUCCACUUUUGACACAAAACUUCAGUCAGGGAUCUUUGAUUGAUAAUGUGAAAUCUGAUCAGGGUGUUUUUACUGUAAUAAUGUGAUCAUUGGCUCUGAUUGAUUCUCUGACUGAUUCUCUGAUUGCCAAAUAUUGCUGGACAAUGUCUCGGCUGACAGAAGGUUUUUAUUCAUUUUUAUUUAAAGCUGAGUUGAAGUCAGCGAGGAUGCAUCAAGAAGGUGACUUAUUUAUUGAUUAAUGAUAGUUGUCAGACUUGUGAGGUUUGAUUGCUUCAUGUCUGAACUGAUUGUAUCGUUGCUCUAAAGAUGUUUUUACGUAACUUUAACCAGUUUGUGAAUUUUGACGCACUAACAGGUAGAAACCGCCUGCAGAGACGGCUCUAGUUUGUCCAGCCGCCUCUUAAAAGCAGCGUUUCUACAAAAAUGCAGAUGUGUGCUGUUGAUCUAAAGUCAGAGAAAAACAUGUGUCCAGAUAUUUUUUGUUCUGUUUUGAUCACAUGUGAUUUAGGACUGAGAAAUGAGGAGGGACUACGUAGGUGUUUGUGCCGUUUUGAAGCGUCUCUCUGCUCUCUCUCGCAAAAACUGCAAAUUGAAGUUAUUCCGCUUGACAAUUGCUUGACGACUUUUCCACCGAGCCCACGAGGCUCCGUGGCACAUCAUCAACCUGAAGUCUCGACAAAUGGCUCCUUUUUGUCGCCAGUUGGUGAUAUUUUGGCUCCAGUUUUAGCUUGAAUUUUAAUCUUUGACAGUACAAAAAAAAAGCACAACAUGUCAAGAGAGAAUCAGAAAAGUGUGAGAAGGAGGCGCUGAAAUGAUGCCGGUGGUUCAGAGGAGGUUCGACCUGCACUGAUGCAGGUUUUGAUGUACAUGUUUUUGAGAUGUUUACUUUGGUUUGUAUUUAUGGACUGAAACAAUAAAUGAAAGAUGUUGCUUUUGAUGAAA